CUUUCCUUCCCUUUGCCAUAACAACGACAACAAAAUGGUCUCUUGGCAACCAGUGCGUAAAGGGUGAAAGAAAAUGAGCAUUGUGUGAUUGACUUCUCUGCUGAAUGUCUUAAGACGUCUUGCAUGGAGGGUAGAAGACCAGGCCCCAUUUAAUGCAGGCUGCAUACUCCCCCUCCCCCAGUGUAUUCAGUGAACGUUGUAGAACACAUGUACGAUCCAUUAAACCACAGUCAUCUCGGUGCAGAAUAGCAUUUUAUUAUUCAAGACAUGCUGCGCUCUCUGUCAAUUAUAUCUUUACCCACGCCAAGAUCUGCACCUCCUUAUACUUUCCAUCCUCAAAAGGAGAAGCAUCAAAAGAACUUAACAGAAUCGUACAACGUGAAGCAACCCACGAAGAGCAGCCAAAGUGAAAAUUUGGGUAAAAGAAGUAACACCUCUCAAGAACAUGUAACACGUAAACAAGAAGAUACCAGGAACCUAGUGCCUGCUAACAUUAGGCAUAAGUAUGGCAGCUCGGUGGUUGACAAGCUUAUUUCUCCGGAGCAGGUGAGAAGCUGUUUUAGAGAAGAAGAAAUAACAGAGUACCAACAAGGGUAUUGCAUACCCCGACUGAGAGAGAACUCCUGUUUCCUGGAGGACUAUCCACACAAGAUCUAUUAUGAACUGGGACACUGUCUCCGAAGCAAUCUAUUCCCAGGGGCUCCCAUAAAACACAACAGCUUGGUGCAUGACUCCUAUACAGCAGAAGUGAAUGAAAAGGGAAGACUGGAAAAAUGGAAUACUCGUCAAUGGUAUGGAAGGAAGACCGAUGACUUAGCCAUUUGGUCAGAACUGUUAAUGAAAAGAAAGGCCAUAGCCAAGAUCAUGCAGAGCCAGCUUAAGCCAUCUCGUGUUUUCCCAAUCCCUAUCCGGUCUGAUGUGCUCAAAGACCUUCCUCCUCCUCCUCCACCACGACAAACUUCAAAGAAGCCAAGAAAACAGAGACACCAGGCAAAGAGCGAGAAGCCAGAGGUACAGCCUUCUCUAGUCUCACCACCCAAAGAAGAUGAUUUUUGGGACUUCUAUGAUAAGCCCAUUUAGUAAUGUCACAAAUCAAGGUGUUUUAAGAAAAAUUAGCAUUCAAUUUUUUGUGCAAAUUGAGAGCAGUAUUUUGUAAUGUGAAUGUACGCUAAGUGAAUAAAUCAGAAAC